AUGAAGUUUUAUAGCCCAGCAGGAGUUUCUUUCCCAAUGUUUCUCACGUUGAUUUAUGUAAUUUACUUCGUUACUUAUGGAGUUAUGGGCUUAAACAAUGGAGUUGACGAUUGUUGGGAGGGUGAAAGAGAUGACGACGGAUAUAUUCAUGCUAGUAAAACAACGUUUCCGAGUGGAAUUAAAGCAUUAUCGGAUUAUGCACAUUUAAAGGGACUUUUAUUUGGAAUUUAUAGUGACGCAGGAUAUCUUACAUGUGCCAAAAGACCCGGAAGUCUCGGAUACGAGGAUAAAGAUGCGAUGACAUUUGCGUCAUGGGAGAUCGAUUAUUUAAAAUAUGAUAAUUGUAACAACGAUAGUACACCGGAACAACAACAAUAUCAGGUUAUGCGCGAUGCGCUUAACGGUCUAUAUUUUAUAGCAUUUGUGAAUGGGGGAGUAGCCCUCCGCAUCUAUGGGGGAAUUCGGUUGGAAAUAGUUGAAGAACAACAGAGGAAAUCCAGCCAAGAUGGGAUCUAUCUUAAAUAUACUCCGAAAACAAGAAAGCAUUAUAAAAUACGCAGGCCCAGUGCAAGAUUUAUUGUAAAUAUUAUUCAACGUACAAGUUCUUGGGAUAUUUGGGCUGGGGAAUUAUCUGAUGGUCACGUUGCUCCAGUUGUAGUCCGAGAUUUAUGGGAAAAUGAAGAUAAAGGAAUUCAUACAAAUAGUUAUUCAUACCGAGUACCAAAACACGGCAUAACUGUAUUAAAACUUACCGGUGGAACGAAGAUGUUGGAAAGUGAUUUUGUGGUUCCAUAUGGUGAUGGUGGUAAUGAUUUAUUCGACGAAUAUUAUGAAAAUGCAUUUUAUAGAAAUUAUUGA